AUGUCCACGGCGCCCUCUGGCGGCUGCCUGAAACACAACACAGAGAAACUUGACCCUGUUCUUCGGGGCCUUGGCUCUCUCACCUUUGAUUCCAAGCCAGGUGUCAGCCACCGUCCGGGGAGGGGUGCUGUGCCCCAGACCUCCUCCCUGCGGGGUGUGGGACACCCUCCUCACCUGCCAGCCACCUCUUUGCUCAUCCCGAGCCUUUCCCGGCCGCACCCUCUGUCCCAGGCCCCGCGAGCGUGGCAGUGAGAAGAGCCACCCACACUCAGCCGGGCAGUGAGGUUGCUACAGCGCCUGGAAGAGCCCUGGAGAGGCCCCGGGCUGGGCAAGGGACCCCCGUCGCUGCGGGACCUGAUGCCCCGCACAGCACAGCUACGAGAGGUGGCAAAAACCCGGCGAGAGGCUAGGGGAGGUCCCAGUGGUCCUCUAUCUGGUCAAUCUGGAGGCCAAAGGCAACCGCUGGCCAAGCUGGCCCUCAUCUUCAGUCACAUGCACGCAGAGCUGAGCCCCCUCCUUCCCUCGGGAAGUACCAGCUCACCAAGGGAUCCGCCCACACCUUCUGGAGGGGGCGCUGUGGCGUCCUGGGCUGCAAGUCCCUUAACUGCCCUGCGCAAGGACCCCACGUGUGGGGGAAGAGCAGCCGCCUCCCGGCGUCCACAGCUGGAGCUGGACCUCCUCCAACCUCACCUCUCACCUUGGCCACGUGCUGUCUUUGAGUCUGACAUCUUCACCCAGGCUCUUCCAGGGCAGGGAAGGCUACUUCCUUGGUUCCUUGGUGACCAUCUCUGUCCCUCCCGGCCAUGGCCCACCCUGCUCCGGAACUGGCAACCCCCAGCAGUCAACCACCCUGCCUGCAUGGCCUUUCUGACCUUCGCUGAGGUCCAAAGACGCCUGCAGGCCUACAGGGACAAAGCAGGCAGGUGGAUGGGGGAGCGGGAACGAAAGCGUGAGGCCCCCGCUGCGCUCCGCCGGGCCCUCGGGCUCGUGAGCUCCGGGGGAAGCACCCUGCAGACCACUUCUCUCAACAAACCCCUACUCCAGGGGCUCCUGAGAGGACAAAAGGAAGGCGACUACCUCCACCCUGAUGGAAAGAACCACGACCCAGACCUGACUGAGCCAUGCCAGGCAGAACCCUAUCACUGCACCCAGGUGAUGAGUUUCGGAGCUCAAAGAGCUGGGCUGUAG